AUGAAACGGGAACGUUGAAGAAAACUACUUGAAAAGAAGCAGAGGAUCAAGAAACGUAAACAACUAGAGAACAAGAAGAAAGGAAUUAUGCAAUGAGACGUUGACUUCCAACUUAUGGUGGAGCACGAGAAAAGCAAAGUUGUGAACCAAAAAUAGCCAUAAAAUCCCUGAUUUAAAUAAAAUUAAUAUUUGAGUCCGGAAAAGGCCGCUAUUUCAUAAAGAAGCUGUCAAGGGAGAAAUAGACAUUAUUUCAUGAGUUAAUCCUGCGAUCUUGGUGCAUAAGCGUAAACUCAAGGUUGAUGGCACAACAAGUAUCGAAAAUUGAGGGUUUGAGUUUGACAACACCUUCAAUCAGAAUGAAACUUCAGACUCUCUCUAUUAUUCGAGCAUUCAGCCUCAGAUUGACUUUCUCUUUAAUGGAGGAAUUGUAACAUGCUUUGCUUAUGGACAAACUGGCUCGGGUAAGACCUUCACAAUGGAAGGCGUUCAAAAGCUUGUAGUCAAUGAUUUCUUCGCGGGAGCUAAAAUUAUGAAAGAAGAGACACAGAAAAGAUUUACAUUCACAGUCACUUAUUAUGAAAUUUACAAUGGAAAAGUAUUUGAUUUGUUUGAUAGGCACAAAGAGAAGAAAGUUCUUGAAUCAAAAGAUAAGAAAAUUAAAAUUCCGGGACUCAAAGAGGUUCAGGCAAGAACUGCAGAAGAGAUGAUACAGUUGAUUGAAUACGGACUUAGUGAAAGGCAGACAAAGAAAACAGUGUGAAAUGAUACCUCAAGUAGAUCUCAUGCGGUUGGGACUAUUAGUAUCAAGCAAGUAAAUAAAAAGAACCAAGUGAUAGCUGAUUCUGGUAAACUAUUGUUAGUCGACUUGGCUGGAUCUGAGAACGCACAGGCUUCCCAAGAUAAUUCAAAAAUAAGAAGAAGCGAAGGAGCAGAAAUCAACACUUCUCUCUUAUCGCUGAAAGAGUGAAUUCGAGCCAUGGAUCAAGGUAAAAAGCAUAUUCCCUUCAGAAGAUCCAAACUCACAAUGGUAUUGAGAGAUUCAUUUAUUAGCGGAAAGAAAAAGAGCCAUGUUAUUAUGAUUGCUUGUAUUUCUCCAGAUGGUUCUUCUUCGGAACAUACUUGCAACACUCUCAGAUAUGCUGAGAGGCUUAAGAUGACAUCUUCAGAUAGUUGAGCAACAAUCAAAAAGUUUAUGAAGAAUAAGAAAAAUCGGACCCAACCGAUUGAUUUCUACUACGAAAUUUCAGAAGAUGAAAUAAAUGAAGAAGACAACGUUGAAGAUGAAGAACAAGUAGAGGAUGAAGAUAUAAAAGAUGAGUAUUUUAGUGAAGAAGACCAAGAAGCAAAUCCUAUCUAUUCCUCUCAAGGAGAUCGCCAAAUAGAGGAGCUUGAUGAAAUAGAUGAAGAAUUAGAAGAAGAUAACAUUUAUGAAGAAGAAAAGUAUUCUAAUGAAGAAGAUUACUUUGAAUGACAAAAGGAAAAAUACUCAAGUCAUCCGGAUUCUCUAGGAAGUAAUGAACAGAGAAUAAAUGAAACUGAGGAGUCUAAAAUUUAUCACAAGUAUCUUCCAGAAUCAUAUUCAAAGCAGAUGAUUAGAAUGGAGCAUGAAAAAGAGGAGGAUACUCAAAAUAGAACCCAAAAUCAAAUAGAGAAUCAUUUCGGGAGCUCUAAAUUUCAGCCUAGCUACAACUUAGACUAUUCUUCUUAUUAUAGAAAAGCAUAUGUAGGUCAGAGAUACAAUGAAGAUGAAAUUAUGGAAGAAGAGCCAGACACAAAAGUAUCUCAAAAAUAUAACCAAAAAUAUUCGAAUUACAAACCAAUUCAGGAAGAUGGAUACAACUCAAAUUCUUUCAGAAACAAUAGGACAAUGGUUCAUUCUGGGAGCAGUGGAUCUCUCAAUUACAAGAGACCUCCUAAAGAAUCUAAAAUAGACUAUUAUAAAGAUACAAACCCAAGACUCCAGCCUGCAAGCACUUCAGGGUACUUUCACAAGACAGAUAAAUAUUUGAAAAACCCUAAUAGCAGCAGCCAUAAUCAGAUCUACAGAACAUCAUAUCUAAUAGACUCUUUAAAAUCCGAAGAAUUAGGUUACACAGACAGAAGAGAAGACAUAAAAGUCAACUUCCCUUCCAACUCCAAUGGGAAAGGACACCGCGAUAAUUUGAAGUUAAAAUAUAAGAACCUAGUAAGCCAGAGUAGUUAUGGCAAGUCAAUGGUUGCAAGUUAUAAUUCAUACUUCAAACAAGAUGGUGGAGAAUUGUGUUCUACCACAGCUGAUUCCUAAAUAGCUAUUACAGAGAGAUUAUGCUAUUUGGAGAUUUAAAUUGAUUUUUUUAAACUCUCAAUCA